AUGACUGUAGCUAUUACAGCAUUGAGUUUAGUAACAGAAAGAUGUGAAGGUACACAAGAUCGUAUAUGGGUUACGGGUGUGAAAUCCAGUGAAAUUAUAUUUAGUCAGAUGAUUGUACAUUCCGUUGUUCUUAUUAUUCAAAUAUCAAUUGUUUUAUUCACAGCAUUACAUGUGUAUAAAAUUCCAUGCAUGGGAAAUUUAAUCUAUGUUGCACUUCUGUGUUUUGCACAAGGUUUUUGUGGUAUGACAUUUGGUCUAGUUGUAUCAUCAAUAUUCGUCACCGAGAUAAAUGCUCAUCAAGUAACAAUAUCAACAUUUUAUCCUGUAUUAUUACUUUGCGGAAUUUUGUGGCCACUUGAAGGUCAACCAUUGGGAAUGAGAAAAAUCACGACAUGGUUACCAAUGACAAAACCUGUUGACGCAAUGAGAGGAAUUUUAUUAAAAGGUAUAAUAUGUCUAACGAGGGAAGGUCCCCAGGUGUUUCCAUGGGAUUUCAAAGCAAUAUACUUCACUUUGCUAAUUUAAGGAUGCUGAUUACGAAUCUGAAAACCAUUCGUGCUCUCGUUCAAUCCUUCAAGAGUUAUAAGCAUUUUAUUUUAAUAGUAGCGAAAAGUACCAUAUUUUGAAAAAAUCACA